AUGGCCACCCAAACGCCAACAAAACGCGGGGCUCUCAUUGUCGUUGAGGGCCUCGACCGCGCCGGUAAAUCGAGCCAAUGUGAGAUGCUACGAGACUCUCUUUCGCAGCAAGGAAACUCGGUCAAAUAUAUCCGAUUCCCAGACAGGACAACACCCAUCGGAAAGUUGAUUGAUAGCUAUCUACGCGGUUCAUCCCACCAAGACGAUCACUCCAUCCACCUCCUUUUCUCCGCGAAUCGCUGGGAAGUUGCCAAGAGCAUUGAAGAUGAUAUAGCCAGCGGAACCACGGUUAUUGUUGACCGAUACUCAUAUUCCGGCGUUGUCUACUCGGCAGCAAAGGCAAACCCCACACUCUCACUGGAGUGGGCUUGGCAGCCAGAGAUCGGCCUACCACGCCCAGACGUCUGCCUCUUUCUCAGCAUUUCCCCCGAAGAAGCAGCCAAACGCGGUGGGUUUGGCGCGGAGCGUUAUGAGAAUGAAGCUAUGCAGACCCGCGUGCGAGAGCUCUUCCGCGCGAUAUUCGAGAAGCAGCAAGAUGUUGCCAUUAUCGAUGCGGGGAAAUCUAUUGAGGAGGUCGCAUCAGAGAUCCAGGAUGCCGUCACUGGCUAUAUUUCGCGUAUAGAUGCGACAUCUUCAUUGAGGAAGCUGGAGCCUCUUGCGUAG